AUGAAUUAUUUGAUACAAUGGAAUAACUUUUCAGACUCGCUGAGAACUCAGGAAUUCCAACGCUAUGAUGGUUGGUACAACAAUCGUGGAAAUCCCAAAUGGGGGAGCGUGGGUAGUCAACUGCUCAGAGAUUCGCCUGCAAACUACGCCGACGGAAUAUACACGAUGAAUCUGCUCGCUCACCAUUCAUUCUCGAGCCUAUCUCCGAACUUGUUUUGCAAAGGUUCGCCCGGCAUCCGGAACAGACGCAAUUUGACCGCCAUGUUUGCCUUCUUCUGUGAGUUUCGCUUCACCGCAAUCCGUUUCGCUAUU